AUGGCGAGCCUUGAAGAGCGCAGCGACAACGACGAAUACGACGAGAACAGUGCUAGUGAGCACGAUGAAGACAGCGAAAACCAGAGCAUCGUGAAUUCAUUGCCCUCAACUCAGGCGUCGGGAGCAGCUGAAGCGAAUUCUACUUCUCAACAAACAGAACAACCACGUCUGAAGCGAAGCCGUUCCGCCACUCAAAUUCAACCCAAGCACAUGCAGCGCAGCACGAAAGUCGAGGGAGCCAAACCCAAGCGUGUCAUUCGCGACAGUGGGUUUUUUGUCAGUCAGAAUGCGUCACUUCAAGAAGCGAAAACGGCACUUACCAAUCGAUUGAUCGCGCUGACAUCGGAGCUAGACAGCAAGCGCGGCCGCAUCUCGGACCUUCGUGAUGAAAAGCAGCAACUGAUAGAUGGAGGAAUUGCGACGUAA